AGGGCGAAAGAGAAGAAGAGGAAGGCCCUCGCUCUGCCUCCGGGGACCCCCGGGGACCCCCGGCAAGAAAGGAGGAACGGGAGAAGAAGGCCUUGCUGGCCAGAAGGGAGAAAAAGGAGAACCAGGAUUUCCGUAAGUGACGGCCGAAGACGUGAAGGUCAUUGUGAGGAGCGAGAUGAGCAGGAAGGACGGCAAAAGCAUCUGUACAGCCAAACGUCUGGCAGAGUCCAGUUCCUUGGCAGAUGCCCAGCAAAUGGCAGAGGAGCCCCCACCGGCCAAAGAUCCGGCAGCAGAAGGCCCCCUGGGCAAAACCAAAGAAGGGAAGCAGAAAGAUCCCUGCGCCUUGCCGAUGGACGAGGGCGCCUGCCUGCAGUAUGUGGUGCUGUGGUAUUUCCACCCGGAAACAGAGACCUGCCGUCCCUUCAUCUAUGGUGGCUGCGGCGGAAACGCCAAUCAGUUUCCCUCUAAGCAGAGCUGUGAGGGGAGGUGCAAGAGAGGAAAAGGAAGGUGACCAUCUGCAGAGCAAAGAGGUGGCAUCGGGACGAGCAAAGACAAACCCCCGCCCCCCAAAUUGUACAGAUGGCAAAGAGCUGGACGUUUCUGCCCCUAUAAACAACAUUUGUGUUAAUAAAUCCAUUUGGAAAAAGGAUGUGGGGUUCUUGACGGAGGGCAGGACUGUUGUCGUAUCCUCUCCUGGUUCUUAGGUUUGUCCCAAAGUCCAGGUGCCAAAAGCACACAGGUAGCAAGCCUUGACUUACAACCAUUCGUUUAGCGACCGUUCAAAGUUACAAGGGCACUAAAAAAAAGGGACUUUUUCACAGUUAUGACCUUUGCCGCAGCCUCACGAUCACGAGAUCAGAAUUGAGAUGCUUGACCACUGGUUCGUAUUUAUGACAGUCGCAGUGUCCGUGGGAUCAUGUGAUCCCCUUUUGCGACCUUCUGACGAGCAAAAUCAAGGGAGAAACCGGAUUCACUUAACGACCGUGCGACUAACUGAACAACCGCUGUGAUUCAUUUAACGACGGUGCCAAGAGAGGUUGUAAAACAGGUCAAAAAUUCGCUUAACGCACAUUUCACUUAGCAAACAGAAAUGUGGGACUCGGUUGUGGUCGUAAACCAAGGACUUUUGAAAUUCUGAAAAGUGAAAUUAUAAAAGCCCAGGCUAGCACAAUACCAGUGAAGAAGAAGUGGGAGAAAGAAAUUACAGCUCUCAAAAGAAACCAGCAUAACGAACUGUCUGAUAAAUUGAAAAACAAAAAGGACACAGAAAGAGGGGCACAUUCCUAGGGCAGAAUAUCAGCAAAGAGCCCAAGCCUGCAAAGACAAAGUGACUACCUGAAUCAACCAGCACCACUAACCGGAUUAAAAUGAGUGUUCAGGGCAUCCAUUUAAUGAACCCCACCCCCACCACCGAAUCAUCAGGUGGGAAAGGAUUUUAGAAGUCUUCUAGUCUAACCCCCUGCUCAGGACUGGAAUCCUCAGAGAUCCUCUGGGGCAGACAGAAUCUUAACAGAAUCACAGAGUCGGAAGGGACCUUAGAGGUCAUCUAGGCCAACCCCCCACCCAAGCAGGAGACCCUACGCCAUUUCUGACAGAUGGCAGUCCGGUCUCUUCUUGAAAGCCUCCAGGGAUGAAGCUCCCACAACUUCUGAAGGCAUCUUCUGUUCCAUGGGUUGAUUGCUCUCACUGUCGGAAACUUUCUCCUUAUUUCCAGGUUGAAUCUCUCCUUGUUCAGUUUCCAUCCAUUAUUCCUUGUCUGGCCUUGGAAAAUAGCUUGACCCCCUUCCUCCUCUCUGUGGCAGCCCCUCAAAUAUUGGAAGGCUGCU